CCUGCGGCCGCUGCUGCGGUGACAGGCAGGCAGACGCAUCUCUUCCUCUCCCGCGAGCUCGAGGCGGAUCGAUUCGAUCGAUCCACACCGCGAGCGGAGGGAGGGCGCCAUGGCCGCCGCGGGGGACGCCGCGCGCUGCUCCGAGAUCCCUGGGCGGUGCCACCACUGCGCCGGGCCUCUCUCCAAGGACAUGGAAACGAGCAGCUGGACGGUGCCUCCGAUGGUUCGAGAUAGCUUCUCCAUGAUUGGUUCCGCUGUUGGGGGUAUAGCUGGAGCAUUUUAUGGCUUCAACCACACUAUGCCUGUUGUUCGACGUUACAUAAAGGGGCCAAUGUGGAUGCAUUUUCUUGUUGGUGCACCACCAGUUAUUGUGUUCUCUUCUGCAUGUGCUGGGUUAGCAGGUGGUACAAUACCAGCCGCCGCACAGCUGGUUUCAUCAUCCUAUCAUGCUGCUAUGUCAUCGCCCUCCUUUGCCCGCUCUUCUUCACAUGCAACCAUACCAUCGCAGUCCUUUGCCCGCUCCUGCUCUGCUUCUCAUGAUGACAUGCACAAGGCAAGAAGCUCCUCGCCGUUGUAACUUAUCGGUGCAGCAGAUCCUCUACAUAACUUGCCUGCCUUGAGAAACUAUCCUAACUAUGCAAGACAAGUUCCACCCUCUAUGAACCAUGAAUGUGGUUCUCACCUGUUUAACGAGGGAUGUUUCUUUUGUAAAUGGUAAUUUUACAAAAUUUGGUAUCUAUCACGGUGUAUAGCUUUUGGCUUUUGGGUUAACUUUUGUAGUCUAAUAAGCCCCGAAGUGUCAUGAUCGGUUUGUUCACCUGGGGCUGUUUUCAUAUUCUAUCACUCGGAUCAUACUGUUUGCUCAAUAGCAUGACUUAUUCAAUUUUGACGAGGCCGUAUGCUUGUAAACUUGCAAGUCUUGCGUGGUGGUUACUCGCAAUGCUGGUGCCUACGUUGGAUAUACAUUUGCAGACAUGUUUAAAGCUCA